GCCAUAGUUACGUUAAAUAAGUUUUUAUAACACUUUAAUUAUUGGAUAGGCCUUGAAUGUCAAAAUGGCUAACUCAAGCAGUGUUUAUACACUGAUAUUACCGCGUAAUGUACAGUUUGAACGUUAAAUAAGUGUUUGUGUACAUUUUACAACAAUGUUGCACAACAGCGGUCCCUAUGGACCAAACGAAGUGCCGAUCAACAUGGGCGCGCCAGUAAACAUGACCCCGAUGAGUGGUACAAUGAACAUUAGCAAUAACAUAAAUAAUCUUUCUAAAAUCGGGCAGCAAUCGACGGAAACUUCUAAUGCGCAUUACCCUGUACCGAACUAUCCGACAUAUGGGCAUCCACAUUUAAAUAUGAACCCGGCAAUGAGCCCGUUUCCAAAUUAUCCUCCAAUUGGCUUUCAAUCAAACUAUUUUUCGCAGAGUUCUUCGUCAGUUCACGAUACAAAUUGGCAGAAUGGUAUGUUACCUAUGGGUUUAAACAUGCAAAAUGAUAACGGUACAAUUAAUUAUUCUUCAUCUUCUAUGAAACGACCUGACAAUAUGAGUGAGUACAAAGAACAUAAUUUCAACAGCAAAAUGUCUUUGCACAUUCCGCAGGUGCACACCAAAGCAUUCCAUAAACAUCUUAAUAUGGAAAACAACCAUUAUAAUCACUACAACCAUUACAGCCCUAGUCCAAGCAACUAUAGACAGUAUGCGGACUGUAAUCUAGAUUUAAGCACAAAAUCUAAAAUGGAAAUUGAUCCAAGACGAAAAAGCUUGGAAACAACUGUUAAACUAAUAGAAAAUAUCCUUAUAAACAGCACGAGAAAGAAUGAUACAGUUGAAACUAAAAUUACCGAAGAUAUAUAUACAAACCCUAAACCCACAAGUCCCGUUCAAUCCCAUUCAAAUGAUAGCCUAAAAACAUCUCAGAAGAAUAUAAUUGAAAACCAAAGCAUGAAAGAAGUAGAUGAAGUAGAUAGCAGACAACAUGCUACAAUUGAUACAAGAGAUGAUGAUAGCACAUCUAAUUCAUUGCUUUGUAAAGAAGAUACAUUACCCGAGUCCCAAACCUCAACAAUUGAAGAACAAACAUCAUCAGAUGAGGAGAGUGAACCGCAGCCAGAAGAUCUUACUUCAACAGCCAUUAGUGCAGUAGAGAAAGAAAAUAUGACAAUAAAUACUAGAGUUGAGGUUAAAGUGGAGGAAACUGGAUGGGUAGAUACAGAAUCUAAUCCAUUUCAAAAGGAUGUUCACGGCUUACGAAGGGAAGAUGUGGAUAAUGCCAACAUAAUAGCAAGUGAUAAAAGUGUAGAAGUGGCAACAGAUGUUAUAAAAAAUGGAUUAGAUGAAGAGAAACAUUACGAAUGUCCAAAUUGUAGUCUACUCUUCAAGCAUCCAAAAAGAUUUCUCAUUCAUCACAAAUGGCAUUCAUUCGGUCUCAGCACAAUGAAGAAGUUGGAUAUGGCAAGAGAGAAGGAGAUGAAAAAAUCUUUAAGAAGAGAAGCAAGAGUUAUACAAAGAAUGAAUAUGAACGAAGUUACGGAUAUGAGUGCUGUGGGAAAAAAGUAUUCAUGCAAGGACUGUGAUAAAGUUUUCAGUGCUAGAGGCAGUUUGAAGAACCAUAGACAAAGGUACCAUCCAACAAGAGUGCGGGACUGCAAGAUCUGUGGUAAAACAGUCUUAGGCUGGAUAGCUCUGCGAGCUCACUUGACCACUCAUACAACGGACUCUGGCUACCAGUGUAGUGAUUGUCCUAAACGAUUCAAGUAUUCACAUUCACUGGCAAAGCAUAGAGAUACACAUUUGGAGAAAACACACGGCUGUGAACAAUGUCCGAAGAUGUUUGGAUCAGUGAAGCUUCUGAAGAUGCAUAUGAAGACUCACGAACGUGUGCUCAGGGGGACCACCUUCCACUGCACAUACUGCGGGAAGGGCUUCUUUGAGUCUUACAGUUUGCAGGUGCACGAGCGCACACACAGGAACGAGCGGCCAUUCCUCUGUGAAAUUUGCAACACCAGCUUCGGUACUAACUCCAGUCUUAAGAGACAUUUGAAAGUGUCUCACAAUUCAGCGAAACCAUUCGAGUGUCCUACAUGCCAUCGAUCAUUUGUGUCUGCGGAGAUCCGAGAGCGUCAUGAGCAGCGCGUGCAUGGUGACCCUGACAGCUUCAAGUUCCCCUGCAACCAGUGUCCAUGCAGAUACUUGAAAGCGAAAGAUUUAAGAAAACACAUGUACAAAGCUCAUCCGAAAGGCAAACGGAAGAGGAAAAUGCACAGCGACAGUGAAUAGACCUUACCGCUAACCAAAUAAGGUAUAAUAUGCUUUGACAUUAACACGUUCACCACUAUCACUUUUACAAUGUAUCGAAGCCCGGUGAGGCGAGUCGUCGGCACUCAGCGUGUUAACACAAAAACUAUUCUGAAGGUAAUAGUUUACAGAAAUAUUACAAUUUUGACACUUCAAUACAAAAACGUUAUGUCUUUGAAAAAAAUAUAGAAUUUUUAAAGAAAUUUUUGUAGGAAAAGUUAUUUGGUUUUUGAUAUCACGAGUAUUUGAGUCAUUUUUUUUUAUAUUGUAAGUUGGGAAACGAGCGAGUGAUCACCUGAAAUCGCUGAAACAGCGAAGUGAC